AUGAACAUUAUCCCAACCAGUAGAGCACCUCAAAACGGAGGCAGCAAUGGCCAUCCUGCUUUGCCUGGCGGAACCCCAACAGCGACUGGCGGACCGCCACAGACGAGUUCAGAGUCUGGAGCAGCUCACCGCUCCGACAAGAAGGUUGAGUUCAUGGCUUAUUUCUUCGAACGGCCUAUCGAAAAGCGAGAUUUAUCCACUCUGGAAGGAAAUCCUGGAAACGUACUGAUAUCAUGGACCGUGGUCAAUGACAAGGGCAACCGAGCCGACAUCGACUGGAUUGCGUGGGUUGCCAGGUCUGCGAUGAUGUCGAACGACGCUGACCAAGUCGUCGUCGACAAAAUCAUCAUCGAUCCAAAUAGGCCUGCCAUGAACAGCGAGCGCGGUUUCCUAUCUGACAACUCAGCCAUUGCCCCGCAGGGAAUCACCCUCAAGUAUGGAGAGUGGUUGAAAAAAUUACAACAGGGAAAGGACCCGGAGCAAACACAGGAACCCGGCCGACGGCUAGCCUCCGAGACUGACUUCAUGAGGUUCCAGAUAUCGUGGACCGAACACAGCACCGGCGAGAAGGGAGUAGCAAACUCUGGCGUUUUCUUUGUCAGAGCUCCGCCAGGACUGGUCGUUGAUCCUUCUUGGGGCAGGAAUGUAAGCGGCUAUGAUGACGUCGGCACGGGAGCAAGCGCAGGCGUGACUGUCGGCACGACGCAAAGCAGCAGCCUGCCCACUUCCACUUCCACUUCCGCCUCAGACGCAGACAGCCAAGCAACAUACACGCCCGGCCCAAGCGCCAGCGGACCCGAGCCUGGGGCUACCGCGGGCAUAGUCGUCGGCAGUGCCAUCGCCAGGGAGCAGCUUCCCUUCGAUCCCCAGUACAAGACCACCGCCUUCAUGGAGGACCAGGCCCUCGGUGCCCCCCAAGCCGCGGGCUCUCAUCCGCCCAGCCGAUCCCAAGACAGCAGGCGCCAGAAUCACACCACGCACCACAAGGCCAACGUUGGCCCUGCUGCCGUCGUCCACGGCGGGCAAGACAAGCGUUGCCAGCCCCCCCCCGACCACGCCGGCAGUUUCACCAAUCUCCACGGCGCAGGUGUAUUCGACGGCCCGUCAGACUACGCAGACGGCACCCCUGCCCCUGCUGUCGUCGCCGACGCACCCGGCACGCGCCACCACGGCGCAGACAUAGACUCGGGCCGAGCGGAUCCGCCACAUGCUCACAUCACGCUGCCCAUCCCCCCUCGGAUCCGUCACCUCGUGGAGCCACAGCACACAAACGACGAUCUCCGCCGCCUCCUCGCCGAGGAAGAUCUUCUCGAUGAGGAGAUUGCUCGCAGGGCCUAG